GAGGGCGGAGGCGGUGGCGGCGAUGGCGUUCAGGCUGGGCGCGCGGUCCGGCAGGCUGGGCCUCCCCUUUCGGGACCCCGAAUGGCUUCCCAGGCCGGAGGAGCAGGCCGCGGACGGGGGGCCGCAUGCGCGCUACUCCGGCCCGUCGGCAGGUGGCGCUGCGCAGGGCGGGAGCGGCGGCGUGGUGGACGUCCCUCGGGUGCCCCCCCUGCGGCCCGGCGGCUGGCAAGGCCGUGCCGGAAGCUCUGGGCCCGCCCACGGCCGGAAGCCGGAAGCGGCGGAGGCCGGUUCCCCCGGGCAAUCGCGUCAAGGCGGCGGCGCCGGGCGGGGCGCGGGUGGCUCCGGCCCGAGGGUGGCCAUGGGGAAGAAGAAUGGCCUGCCGGACAGAUGGACUGAUUAUCGGCCUCUUGGAAAAAGAAUUUCCGGGACCCGCUUUAUUGCCUUUAAAGUUCCUCUUAAGAAGAGUUUUGAAUGGAGGCUUGCCCCAGAUGAGUAUUUUUCUCCCUUAGACCUUAUCACUCAAGUCGAAGAGCAAAAUGAAGAACUUGGUUUGAUCAUUGAUUUAACUUACACAACACACUAUUAUGAGCCAAUGGAGCUACCAGAUACACUGCAAUAUUGUAAAAUUUUAACAAUGGGACACAAAGUACCUAAUCACGCUAUAGUUUCUAAAUUCAAAAGCACUGUGAAAAAAUUCCUCAGAGAGAACCAACAUAAUGACAAACUUAUUGGCGUCCACUGUACACAUGGCUUGAAUCGAACAGGUUACCUUGUUUGCAGAUACCUUAUUGAUGUUGAAGGAAUGGAUCCAAACAUGGCAAUAGAAUUAUUCAACAGAUGCAGGGGACAUUCUAUAGAGAGGAAGAACUAUAUUUCUGCUCUCCAGAAAACAUCUGGAAGAAGGAACCAUCAUUAUAUGGAUGUUUCACAAAGGGAUUGGAUGAAAGGGCAUGUUGAUUAUACCCCAAGUCCUGACUAUGAAGUUGCCUACUAUGGACCACAAAACUGGGAACACCCUCCAAGGAAUUUUCCAUUUAGGAGAGGUGGACGAAGCCAAAAAAGGAAACAUUCUCAAAUCUGGAGCCAGAAUCUCAUCACCUGUUACAGCAAAGGGAGCCAAGCUUACAGUCCACAAUAUCCCCCUUCAGCCAACAUCGUGCAUCAGGGAUCAGAUCAUAAUGUCAGGCCCAGCAAUAGGCCGUUCUUCUCCCAGGAACAGUUUCAAGGAUAUCAAGGACCCUCUUUUCAAGAACUAAAUCCUCAUGGCUCACUGCUACAACAACAUAGAAAUCAAAUAGACAAUCAGCACUAUUGGAUCCCUUAAUCAUGAAAAAGUAUUUGGCAAGAAAAGAUAAUUUGUGGAAUUGACCAUGACAGUAAAUUACACCAUUGCUGUUUAAAUAGAAUGCUUUCUAGCUGCAUCCAAUUUUACAGUUGCCACCUCAUCAUUUAGUUGCCAUUUUGGAAGAAGAAAAGAAGGCAACUGGAAACCUGAUAAACACAUUUCCAACAGAAGGAUUCUGUUAAGGAAAGCAUAUUCAAUUAAGUAUCCCAAAAUGUUUUCUUCCUACAUCACUUGAGGAAAACAGACUUUUUAAAAAGAUUUUCUGUAAAUCAUCCUUAUAUAUUACUCUAGAUAUUAAAUAAAAUUUAUUGUUCCACAAUA